AUGCCUAUCACUCUCACUACGGCCGCACAUCCCCCUCGCAAAUGGGAAGCCCCGAGAGUAUCCACCGCCCAAUCGCUGUUUACCCACUCAUGUCUAGAAGGCCAGUACCAAAGCCAAAAGCUCAUCCAGAGCUCAUUUUCUCAGAAUUCCUUUCGCGACUCCCACAUCUCCGCCUCCCAGCAUGGCUUUGUCUGGGCAGUUUUCAACGCGUAUAGCUAUCACCACAACUUGAUAAUACGACCUGAAGAUAUUUGGUUCUCCAUUUUGACGCAGCUCAGUUUCUUUGUAAAUGCAAAUGCAGAGGAACUUCGACCCUUUUUUGUUUCGCACGAAGGGCAGAAAGAACUUGAAGUAAUUGCUGUUGGAACUAUCGAUAGUGUUGAUCUGGGCGCAUUAGCCGUGGAGAUGACCAGGCUGAUUGGAAAGAAUGUCGUGGAUGAAGAGCUGCGAGACUGGAUUAUGCCAACCUUCAGCACUACAACCAAAUCUGAUCAUGUGGUCGCGGCAAUCUUGAUGAUGGGUGCCUUACAGAAAUACUUCUCCUACAAAAUGACAACUUGUUGUGGAAUUCCGUCUGUCACUUUGUUAGGCGAGAAAGAUGACUGGAACCAAAUCGUGAAGAAGCUUGAUAAGCUUCAUCAGCUAGGGGACGAACCGGCACGAUUCGCUCAGCUUCUUCGACCGAUCCUUAAUAAUUUUGUUACCUCUUUUGACAAUCCAGACUCGCCUGCAGUACUGGACUUUUGGAGCAGAUGUGCCCACAAGGAUGUAAUGGGCAGCGGGUCAGACUAUUUAUGCGGUUGGGUUUCCGUUUUCUGUUUCUGGGAUGAAGAUGGGAAGCUGCUCCAUCAAGAGCCAAUCCAUCCCGCCUCCUCACCCGAGUUUGAAGCACGGAACUCUACAUUGGGACUAGAAGACGCUUUGUCGCGCCGCAUCGACACGGAGGAUGUCCCAUCUGGUUUCGCCUCGGUACCCGUUACCAUCGACGACAAUGGAACGGUCUAUGAUACCAAGAUGGUAGCUGGACUUGUUGGCAUUCAGGCUACAUCGAGCAGAGCGAUGUUAGAUCGCACCAGAGAUCACGAUGACAAGAAUUUGUACCGAAUGGGUGCUAACGGUCGGCUUGAACCGAUUGUUUAUACCAUUUCCCCUGCAACCGAAGAGGCUGGACUUGAUUCUAUUCAGCCGCUGUCAGGAUGGUGGAUAUAUGAAAAGCGGCCUGCGCAUUAA